AUGAAGGUUCUUACCAAGGAAGAGGAGGCCGCGCAUUACAAUGCCACAAUCAAGGGCGGCUCGAUAGGUGGUGCCAUUGGUACGGCGAUAGGUGCUGCAGGUGUCAUGGCUGCGAGCAGAAGAUACCACUCCUUCCGAGCGCUCACAGUUCCUUUCCGGGCUUUCCUUGUCGCCUCAACAGGAACAUUCAUCGCCGUCAUCGCCGCCGACCGAGCCUCCGCAGCAUACGACAUCGAACACACACCCGAGAAGAAGCGUCAAGUCGAGCGAGAGAAGGAGCGCGAGGCCCUCUACGAACAAAACAAGACCGCUCUCCAGCGCGCCAAAGCCUGGGCGACCGAAAACCGAUACCCGAUUCUCUUUGGUUUCUGGGUCGUCUCCAUGGCUGGAUCAUGGCACAUGGUCAACCGCAACCCAUACCUGAGCGGAUCACAAAAGCUAGUGCAGGCGCGUAUGUACGCACAGGGUGGCACACUGGCAGCGUUGCUAGGCAGUUUUGCGAUUGAAGGUGCGGACGCGGCCAAGGGUCAGGGAAGAUGGGAGACAAUUAGGGUUAUCGACCCGAACGAUCCCGAGCAUAAGCAUGUUAUCGAGAAGAAGAUUCACCACGAGCGAUACGCUGGAGAGGACCAGUGGAGAGAAAUGGUAGAGGCUGAGGAGCAACGCGAGAAGGAGCGCAAGGCUGCUGCUGCGGACAAGGAGCACAAGGCUAAGCAGCAUGCUGAUGCUGCUAACAAGAAGGAGAAGAAGGCCGAAAAGGAGGAAGAGCAGAACAAGAACAAGGCUUAA